UGCUCCCAAUACGAGGAUCAUGCCAGCAACCGGCAAACUUCGGAAAAAAUCCAAAGAUCUGGUUUCUCCAACAGAAAAUAUCCCAGACUACGAGCCCAACAUCCCUGAGCCCACAUGCAGAGCUGAUCUUCUAAAACACUGGAUCAACCUUUCCCUGGAUGACAAGACAGCCAAUAAGAUGCUGUGGAUCACAGAGGGUGGAUCAAAGGUGUCCCGCAUGACGGAUGAUGUCACUUGUCCUGUCCUAGACAGACCAGAGAGAUACGAGUAUGCCCCACAAGUUCUUUGCAAAGAAGGCAUCUUGGGCUUCCGAGCUUACUGGGAGAUGAAAUAUUCAGGAUGGGUGGUUGCUGGAGUCGCCUAUGAAGGAGCAGGGAGGAGGGGAAGUGACGGACAAUGCGGGCUGGGAGAGAAUGAUCAGUCCUGGGGUCUUGGGUGGGGGGGGUCCCACUACCAGCUGUGGUCCAACGGCAUUAACACAGAAAUCUGGGAUAUUCCCCAGUCCACCACUAUCGGGAUAUACCUUGACCAACCAGCUGGUGUCAUCAAAUUUUAUGUGGUUGAAGAAGUCAUGGUGGAAGAAGGGAGCGAAAACAGCAAGGAGGUCAGACUGCUGCAGCAGAUCAAGAGCUCCUUCAAGGGGAGGAUGCUGCCGGGAUUGUGGAUGGGACAAAAGUCAUCAUGUUUCUUAGUUAAGCCAGAAGAGUAA